AUGCGGAAGGCGGACGGGGCGUUCGAGCUGGUGGGAUGCACCAAGACACGCUUGGACCAAGCUGAGAGGGAUCGAAUGGAUCUGAAGAUGGAAGUUGCACACUUAAGGGAACGGUUGCUUCAACGGAUGGGCGGCGAUGCAACGGCGCAGGAGUUGGAGGAGGAGAGCUUUAUCAUGAAGAAGGAGCUGAUGCAAAUGGAGCAAAGUCUCGUCGAACAUCAGGAGUUGCUGCUUGUCGCGAACACCAAGCACGAGAAGGCGUUGACAAAUCUACAAAAGAUGGAUGCCGCGUGGAAGGCGAGUGUGGGUCGGAUCCAGGCGCUGCAGUCGGAAGUCGAGUCACGGGACAAGCAGCUGGCCGAAGUGGACAUGCUGAAGAAGAUCCUUCGGGACCAAGAGUUUGCCAUCCAGACAUUGGACGGGGAUAACAAACAGCUUCGGGGACUGGUGGCAUCCAAGGACGCGACGGUCAUGGAACUCCAAGGCACGAUCGAACGCAUGCAAGUGGAAUUCGACCAAGUACACCGCCAACUCAAUGCCAAAGCAGGAAUGAGCAAGGAUGCGCAGCGCGGGGCAGAAGGCGAGCUGCAGGUCAUGGUCGAAAGGGCCGCGCGGUUACAAGGCGAAGUGAAUGCCUUGCGCGAAGAAGUCACUAGCGUGAAUGCACGGUCGGCUGAAGUGGAAUCGACGUCGACUCAACUCAAGUCGAAGCUGUUGCAUCUCACCGAAGAGCAUGCCACGUUGCAGAUUCACCUGGCGGGGAGCAAGGCCGAGAACGAGCGGCAAGCAGCCGACUCGUCGUUCCUCAAGGCUGAAAUCUCCCGGCUGCAGGCAGAGCUCAACUCCAAGGACCAUGAGCUACUACAGCACCAGCAGCUCAACUUGGACGUGGAAUCGGCCAUCAAGGACACGAAGAAGAAGAUUCAGCUCGACGAACAAGUGCGCCAACUUCAAACUCGGCGCAUGGAGCUUGAUGUAGAGAAGAAAUGCAGGGACCAAGCCCACGAGUACGACCUGCAGCUGCAGCGGCAAGGCGCGAUCUUGGCCGACACAAAGGAUCAACUGGACUCGGCACUGGCGCUGCAUCGGCAGCUGGUCCAUGUCCUGGGCAUCGACGACCCCUCGAAUCUCCACGACCAAGUGACCGCAGAACUCCACCAGAAAGCGACUUUGCAAGACACUGUCGACAAAUUAAGGCACAAGCUAGCUGUGGCUGAGAAAGCGGUCAGCGACCACCACAAACUCCAGUACGCGUACACAGAGCUCGAGGAAAAACACUCCAAAACUCGACUCGCCAUGGAGCGCAUUGUGAACCGCAAGACAAAGUUGGGCGGGGCAGCGCCCGUCGUCGUCGUACCGACGCCAUCACCAGCAAUGCCGUCGCCGGUGGCCACUGGAACAGCCGCCGCUGCCGUGUCGUGUUUGCCGACAGUAACAACCACGACGCCACCAGUGCUGGAGAAGCCUGUAUCAGGAACGGUGGGGGGGGGAGGGGGGGCGCCCCCCCUCAAAGACAGCACAGCCACCACGCCAACGAGCCAUUUGCACUUGAAACCAGCCCCGUCGUUUACGCUCAAGCGCAAAGCGCCUUCGUUUUCAACGGGGGUUAAACCUGGCUUGGCCGAGCUCAGGUCAAGGGUGGCGGCCCAGCCUGUAGCCAAACACGUCGCUGUGAAAUCGCGAUACAUGCAGCCACCCAAAUAUCUGUAGACACCGAGGAGUAAAUAUAGUAUUAAACGAUAAUAAUGUUACCAAUAAUGAUCCCAAA